AUGCUACUAUCUUAUAAACAGAAUAGAAAUAUUGAGUUUAAAAUAGAAUUACUGCUAGACUUUAAUCGUAGAUCUUGCUUCCCCAAAUUCUUUAAAAAGCCUUUUACAUCAAUUUUAACAGUUCCACAUGCUUUUUUUGUGAACUCGACUGUUCACUUGUUCAAUCAGUGUACUAAAUAUUUAAAAAUACCAAUGACAGAAUGUAAAGACUUCAUUUCAGUGUCUUACUUUCAACUUUGUAUGAAAUUAGAUAUUGACAACAUUUGUCAUGUUGAAACAAAUAGUUGUUUGAACAUACAAUACACUUUUUACUUUACCCGGUGUUUAUAA